CGCCGCUGAGAUACCCUACCCGUUGUAUUUUGAGAUGAAAAUUGUGCAAAUGAGAUGCUGAUUGGAUCGCACCAAGUUAGCUCAUCAUUAGCUGCAGUAUAAUCCAUCGAAGUAAUAACUACACACAAAAACGCAUUGUCGGCGGCUGGCGGGAACUAAACCCAAGUGUAAAAGAAGCAGAAAAAAAAGUAUUGUGAAGAUUGUACGCUGAAGAGCCGGUUUCAACAAGCCCCGGCAAACGAAAUAGUAAAUAGUUUAAAGUUGAAGUUUAAUUAUUACAUAAAUUUCUUACGUGGAGACUCGUACGCGCGAGUAAGUGAGAAACGGGCGUAUGCAACAUUUGGGAUGAACUAAACGAACAACUAGCGAAUCGGAGUGAAUUUGAAGCGUGCCUCGUUGGCUCAAUUCCACUUCAAGUGCCCAUCAUUGGAGGCUGUGGCUUCCUGUUUAUUUGGACUGCUGGUACAGUGACAGAGUGAACUAGUCUGUGGUCGGAUAUUAUAGUGCUGAAGUGGAGUGUGACUAACUGGAUUCCCGUGAGGUGGAAGGUCUUCGUUGACAGUGUAACGGAUCCGCCUAUCGCUGUUCGCGUCGAGGGGAAAAUUGAACCCAGCGUUUCUUUUUCCGGACGUGAUUUACGAUAGUAGACUGGGCUGCACAAUGUGGAAAUAUAUUGCCGUUUUGGUAGCGUUUGGAGUAUGCUUGCUACGGAAUCAUCAAAUCAGUGGGCAAAUCUUCGGUUACGAACCGGACGUGGACUACCCGGCCUACGAGCGAAUUCCCUCCGGACUCACAUUCCGAUGUUCCGACCGAAUGCCCGGUUACUACGCGGACGUCGAAACGCGCUGUCAAAUUUGGCACUGGUGCCUCCCGAAUGGCUACAUGUUCUCCUUCCUGUGUCCCAAUGGAACUGUGUUCAAUCAAGCCGUUCGAGUAUGCGAUUGGUGGACCAACGUGAACUGUGGCGAAUCGGAAGGCCUGUACGACAACAACAACGAGCUCUACAGGGAUGUGGAGGGGAAUCUGAUAGCUGGAUAGUUCCUGUAGAUUUAAGACCUUCGAAAUUUUGUAAUUAAUUAAUGUUAAGUUUUUUUAUAAUUUAAAUAUGACAAGACAGGAUUAUUUUCGAUAUCGUUUAACUAAAAAAAUCUGACGUUGAACUAGCACAAGACAGAAAUUUCAACACAUCACGUUUAUUUUUCUAAGUUUUCAAGUUGACAAGUUAACAGUAACUAAUUAAAGAUAA